AGCUGAUGGAUCCCACCGGCAGCAGCUGCAUGCGCAGCCCCCAGCCUGCCCCCACCCUCUGGGGGUGCCUGAGGGGCACCCCCACGGAUGCCAGCACAGCCCCAGGGCUCAACCACUGCCCAGCAGCGCCCUUCUCCUUCCAUCACAGACCAGACUUCGAUACUUCUUACCCUGACUUCUCAGCCUCCUGCCUGGUGACAGCUCCCCACAGCUUCCCACGCGAGGAGCGAGCGUUUGUGGAGCAGCACCACCCUUUCCAACCCUCUGACUGGCACCUGGCAGCAACUGAGACCAGAAGACAACUCAGCCCACAACAGGCCUUGGCAUCUGAGGAGUUAAAGGGCAGCAGCCCAGACCCAGCGAGUGGGACAGUGGGUGUGGAUGAAGAUGAAGAGGCACCAGUAAAUACCACAAAUGACACUGAGAAAAAGCCACCCAAAAGGAAAAAGGAGAGCUCAGAAAACCAGAACUCGAGCAACAAGACAGAACCCAGCAGCAAAUCACGGAAGGAGAGGACAGCUUUCACGAAGGAGCAGCUGCAGGAGCUGGAAGCUGAAUUUGCCCACCAUAACUACUUGACAAGGCUCAGGAGAUACGAGAUAGCCGUGAACCUGGAUCUCACCGAAAGACAAGUCAAAGUAUGGUUUCAAAACAGAAGAAUGAAGUGGAAACGUGUUAAAGGUGGGCAACCAGUGUCCCCACAUGAACAUGACACAGAGGAUGUGGACUCUGCUGCCUCACCCAGCUCUGAUUAAUCCUUGUAGCAGUGGGAGAGGAGUCUGGAGAAAGUAAUGGAGCAGAAUGUGGAUGCAACGCUGCUUCGGGUCAGCUACUCAGUGAGCUCAUGCUGCUUGCAAAUCCUGCAGCCCACAGUCUUUAAAAGGUGUCUGAUGCUUUGUGUUACAGAGGCAAUUAAAGAGCACAGGGGGAAAAAGCCAAAGGAGGGCACGAUUUUGAUUUUUGUCUCUGGAACUGUCUUACUACCACAGAUGUGUCUACAGAAAACAAUGAUAACAUUGAAUAUGAAACAGCAGUAAUGUUGUCUAGCUGCUCAGGCAGUCAGGAAAUACAGCUUGUCAGCCAGAGAGUGACAACACAGAUGUAUUCUCAUCCAGCCUUUCCCUGGUCACAUCUGCUCAGGGUGCAUUUGGACUUGGCAAUACACAUUUUACUCGUGCCUUGCUUUGAGAGAAAAAUAAAUACUUUGAUAGUCACUGAU